GUGCGUUACUUGAAACGCCGUCAUCUCAUUCCUCGUCGUACACUAACCACUGGCUCAAUGGCUACCAGUGAUGCUGGCGAGAAAAGUGGCGCAGUAAAAUCGUCCGUCGAAGAAGCAGAUUCGGAGCAUCGUUAUCGUGAGGCAUCAUCAUCACCAAACACAAACGUCCGUUUUGGUUUUCUCGUCUUUUCUGUUUAUUUUUAA